AUGUCAAACCCCCGACUCCUCAUAAACAGAGAGAGUAUCUACGAGCGCCAGCUGCCUGGGGACGCGUACAUCACCGCGUAUGUCCAGCGCCUCCAGCAUGGCUACUAUUCUAGCCCGGCCGUCUCCGAUAAUGGGGCAAAUAAUGUCGACUUUCUGGCCCUCAGCUUUGUGUUUCAUUCGCCUCAUACUCUCACACAUCGGUUUAAAUCAGCCACGAUCCGAGCCUCGAUCGAAGGAGCCGACCAGCCGUCAACCUCGACCGAUGAGAACUCCCGUCCCAAACAUCGCCCCAAGAACCCGCGUUUUCUGAUGCAUGCGCCGCAUCUCAUCUACGGCACCGUCUCUCCCGAGACGAUGGAAUGGACCUUCAGUUUGGCCGGCUCUAUUGGUAUUUCGGAGACUCCCAUCAGCGCCAACCUGAUUCCCUCCGGCAGCAUGAAUAGUCGAUAUCGCCGAUACGAAAUGAUGCGCAUCCAGGGCUCUGCGCGCACCUUGAAGAGUCCUCGUGGCCGCGAAUUCGAUGCCGAAGCGGCCGAAAUUGUCUGGUCACUGGAGGAGAACAACCUGCAGCGAUCAGGUCUCCCACGGGAGUUCACAUUCGUCAUGUUGAUACAAAAGUAUCAACCGAACGACCGGAUGAAACUGACCCUCGAAAUCGACCCUGUCAUUCAGUCUUGGUAUGGCAGCUACCCUAGCUGGUUACUCGGGUUUUCUUCCUACCAACCUGUCAAGCGAGACAUUGAUUUCAACCGAGAGAUCGGGCAGCGCUUUGAGCCAGCAGACGGAGUGCGUGGGUUCAAUUUUGCGUCGCUUGUGAACCAAUUUGACGAUUACAUCGCGAUGCCGGGAAGAAAGUAUAGUCGACGGAUGGAGAUACCUUCUGAACCCAACCUCCCCGACCAAGGCUCCUUCCACCCAGGAUACCCUGGACAAUAUGGCUCCAUCAACCCCAACCAAGGCGUCCAACAAGGCAUGCAAACCCUACAGCAAAUGCAGAGCACUGGCCAAACACAAGGUUCUGGCGCCCAAACAUCCCUGGCAACCUUCUCUGCCGCCCCGACCUUCACAACCAACCUGCCCAGCCAAGCGAAUUUGCCCACCCAAGCACAGCCCAGCUUCGCCGGCAUCCAAGCUCCUCUUACCAAUACCACCACCAACAACAACCUCAACCUCUCUCUCGGACCGAGCCACGGAAUUGCGAUAAUGAACCCCUCGGCCUUGCGGUCUGCAAUGACAUCGCCUCCGUGCACGCGACACCCGCAAACUACAAACGCAAGCACGAAAAGCAACACGUCGGCCGUUUCCGACCACUCGAACCCGAAUAAAAAUAAUGAAGAUAAGUACGAGGAGGCUGGUGCCGGUGAGUGGCCGCCCCUAUCAGGAAACGGACCAGGCGUUGAUAUUGAGACCAUUCGCAGCAGCAUGCUCCGAAGUGUCCACUGGACCAGCCCUCCGGAGGACGGGUGUGCCUCGGACGACGACACGAGCGAGGCGCCGAAACGAAUCAUGAACAUGGAAAAUCGACCACUUACGCCGUCGUUGCUGUUGACCGAGAAAGAGGCUGAAAGCUUAGAUGUCUUGUUUUCGGUGACAUGA